GUUAUUCCUGGGCAGAGCUCUGAAGCCCAGUGAGUGAAAGAGGAGGAGGCAGUGACCAGUUUUCCAAAGGGUAUACGACGGUAUCAAACAACGAUAGAAUGCUGUCUAGCGUCGCGAGUUCGUUGCCGUCUUCUCGCGCGUUAAAACUCACCUCGGUUUCACGUAAGACGACGGUUCGUUCAUCCUCGUAUGAAAAAUAUUUACGAGUUUCGGUGAUAGGAUUAAACAAAAGUGCGCGGUCUUGGUUAUCAUUGCCGCUGGUUAAUUCUGCCAGUGUCUAGAAGUAAGCGCGAGAAAAACUACCAAAGCGAAAAGAGUAGGAGACGGAGAGUGAGUGAGUGUGUGAAAGAAAGAGAGAGAGAGAAAGAGAAAUAAAAAGAACGGAAACAAUACACAGAAAAAUAGAUACACAUCGUAUGACGUAUAGUCGAAGAAAAAACAAAAAGGUAUCGUUAAAAGGCAAAGCGGUUUGCAUCUAGUAAUGAAAAAUCGAUAAAUCAUUAAAAGAGAGAGAAAAAAAAAAAAAAGAAAAAAAAACAAUAAAGAGUAUUUCGUGAGGUUACAAAAGGUCAUAUUCGAUACGGAGGGGGGGAAAAUGUGCGAGAAGUACUACGACAGUGGUUGCGUGACGUAAGGGUGCCGAGGGGAUAAAUAAUAUAAUAUAAUAUCGUGUGAGAUAUAUUCUCUCUCCCAGUAUUCAUCCGCCUUUUCUCGGUAUUUCGAUCCGCCGCCUUGACUGGUGGUCGCUGCUGCCCGGUGAACGGACACGAGUGAAUAAAAAAUGUUCGGCAGCAGGAUCUGAUCUAGAGAGACAAUAGAGAAGAAGAGCGCGUAACUGGGGAAAAGCAAAACGAGAGAACGAGGCGGAGUGAGUGCUUCAGCAUCGUUCGGGUUUUCGGCCGCCGUCGCGUCGGUGGCGAGUCGAAUUCUAGUCGUCGGAGGGACGGAGGCGGUACGGACGUUAAGCGUUAAGAUGUCGGGUCAGGGUAGCCGGAGUCGAGCGGUCCAUAUAAGCUCGAUAUUCCAGAAGCUGCAGGGCCGUUUUACGGACGCGAUGACGCCGCCCAAGUUAUCGACGGACAAGCGAAUGCUCGACAAGACGUGGAAGCUGAUGGACAAGGUGGUCAAGCUCUGCCAGCAUCAGCGUAUGAAUUUGAAAAACUCGCCGCCUUUCAUUCUCGACAUUCUGCCGGACACCUACCAGCGGCUCAGGCUUAUAUACAGCAAGUACGAGGACAAGAUGCAGGUGCUUCACAACAACGAACACUUCUCCGUAUUCAUUAACAAUCUGAUGAGGAAGUGCAAGCAGGCUAUUAAACUUUUCAAGGAGGGCAAGGAGAAGAUGUUCGAUGAGACAUCGCACUAUCGUCGCAACCUCACCAAGCUUAGCCUCGUUUUUAGCCACAUGCUAUCCGAGCUUAAGGCCAUCUUUCCUAACGGGGUCUUCGCCGGCGAUCAAUUUCGCAUCACUAAAUCCGACGCCGCUGAAUUUUGGAAGGAACGAUUCGGCAACAACACCCUGGUUCCUUGGAAAGUAUUCAGGCACGAAUUGAACCAAGUUCAUCCUAUCAGUUCUGGACUACAAGCAAUGGCACUGAAAUCUACCAUAGAUCUUACUUGUAACGACUAUAUAUCGAAUUUUGAAUUCGAUGUUUUCACUAGAUUAUUUCAGCCUUGGUCAACGCUGCUACAAAAUUGGCAGACGUUGGCCGUAACGCACCCUGGCUACGUAGCAUUUCUGACGUACGACGAGGUCAAAGCAAGACUGCAAAAGUAUUGUAUAUCAAAACCAGGAAGUUACGUAUUUCGACUGAGUUGUACGAGGCUAGGACAGUGGGCCAUAGGCUACGUUACUUCAGACAGUGACAUACUCCAGACGAUACCUCACAACAAAAGCCUGAUUCAAGCAUUGCUCGACGGCUAUCGGGAAGGCUUUUAUUUGUAUCCGGACGGAAGAAACGUUAAUCCAGAUUUAACGUGGGCCGUUCAACCCACUCCCGAGGAACACAUAAAAGUAACCGCUGAACAGUACGAACUUUACUGUGAAAUGGGUAGCACGUUUCAGCUGUGUAAAAUAUGCGCCGAACACGACAAAGAUGUCAGAAUAGAACCGUGUGGUCAUCUCCUCUGCACUCCGUGCCUCACAGCCUGGCAGGUAGAUUCCGAGGGUCAAGGAUGUCCGUUUUGUAGAGCAGAAAUCAAAGGGACUGAACAAAUAGUCGUGGAUCCUUUUGAUCCACGAAGAACUCAUCGACCUGGGGCACAUUCGGCGUCAGCGAGCAACGCUUCAACGCCAACGCGGGAUCUUGACCCAGACAACGAGGAUAUAAUGGAAAUUUGCAACGGUAACUGUGGUCUGAUGUACGACGAGUCUGACGACGAGGACGAUUUCAGCUCCAUGGGCUCUCCUUUGCCGCCGAGGAGGGCUGUUCCCAGUCCUCCUUUACCACCCAGGCGACCCUCGCCAUCCCCGACACCGAUAAGUCAACCACGAAACACCCGCCACUUAACAGUGCCAAAGGAAAAUGCGCCGCCACCUCCGUUCGUCACCGUAGUAACAUUCAGUGAAAGCCAUCAAAACAAUCAAGCAAACACAGAAGCGAGAUACGAUAUGCUGCAUCGAGCUUCUUCGCCGAGUCCCAUACCUCCGGCAAUAAUACGACCACAUGCUCGUCCGUAUCGAGCGCCACCAGCUCUACCUGAGAAGGCUAGGCGCCACACGUUGUCCGUACCUCCGGUCCCUCCGCCCUUGUCAGCACCUCGUCCUCCAAAGUUGUUGAAAGAUACGCACGAUACGCAAAACCAUCAAUAUGAGAAUACGAUAAUAAUACCUGGCACGCGACAGCAUGUUGUUAAAAAUAUAAAUCUAGAAUUGAACAGGGCAAGACUGUCGGCCCUGAUGAGAGGAAGAGACGAGGCCGGAGGGCCGAUUGGUAAGGCGGAAGCUGCGGCAUAUGAAAACGUAAACAUCGAACAUAUAUCGAGAUUAACUGCCCUGGGAUUUGCGCAAGAUGCGGUGAUACGAGCACUCGGAAUAACCAGAAAUGAUUUAGAAAUGGCUCGCGAUAUUCUACACGAAUUUGCCACCAAGUCAAACUCUUAACCAGGUACAAAGAUUUAAAUACGCUAACUAAACUUAUAUUUAGUCUUCUUUGUUAUUUAUGUAUUAUCGCAACGUUAGUCACAGAUCUUAUUGUUUAUUAUAUUUUCAAUACAUUAUUACCCUUUCGUUCUAUACCAAGAGUAAAAAGAAAAGUGAACGCAAACCAACGGCGUUGCUUUGAAUGGCAUAUCCAAACUGUAUUGGAGCAAUCGGCAAGCGAUUAGUCUU